AUGGGUGGAAAUGCUAGCCCCGACAUCGCGGCUCCGACAUUAUCCGUGAUGGAAUUCCAUUAUAUUCGGAGACAUCCCAAUACUGGGCUCUGCUUCUUCCGCUACAUUGACAAUAUUCUGGCUAUCAAUUGCCUGGAUUUCCUUGACCACGCCAAGAAGAUUUAUGGAACUACGUUUACACUAAAUACUACUUAUUCCGGACAGUACACCUGUUUUCUUGACCUGGCAAUCAGCUGUGUUGACGGACGUUGCAUUUUUGAUGUUUACAAUAAAAUCCUGGAUUAUCCCUUCCUCGUCAACUAA